UCUGCUCUUGCUGCUGAUCCAUUGAUCUCUCUCUGUAUUUUUUUUCCCCUCUCCCUGUCGUUGGGUUUGGAAUUAACUCCUCUCUGCCCAGCCUUCCUGUGGGUUCAGCAGCUUCCCCGCUCCCACAAGGAGGGGACAGCGGAGAACAAGGGUGCUGCUCCUUGCUGGGAGAGGCAGGAUAGGGUCCUGCAGACCCCUCACCUCUGUGUGUUCGGGAGGUGCUUCCCAACACCUCCAGGGAAUGUGGAUGUCCCGCCAUGCCUGACCCUUAUCUCCUCCUUGAUCUAUGGGGCUAAAACCUCUGAAGCAAGAGCAAUUAGUUGCUAUUUCUGGCUGUUAUUAAUUGCUAGCAGCGUGGCAAAAAGGGCUUGUAGCACAGAUCAGACCAAAUCACACCCAGCAUCAGACCUGGAGACGGAGGGCAAAGCAGGCUUUUGUUUUCGGUCCAGUGCAGGUCUGACCUCUCACCAGAAUUUUUCUCCCAGGGGAGGGAGGACAAGCAGUCCAGGGACGGCCCCAGCAGACAUCCAGCUCUGUUAUCACCACGCAGGACAGCCUGUGCUCCGGCUGAUGUGACAAGAAACAACUGUGACCCACACAGCCAUCCUGCACUGAAGAGGUGAGGGUCCCGCUGCCCCUGCCCACAUUCACCCCACCCGCUGCACCUCGGCCCGGUGGGAGGCCCCCGCUGCCCCCCCGAUGUCUGGAGGGAGCAGGGUGUCCCCGGGCAGGCGGGCGGGCGGGCGGCCGGGUAUCAGCAUCCGCAACCAGGGAAAAGGGGAAGGCCGCGCUCGGGACGCGGCGAUAACCCGGGGGACGCGGCCACAGCCCGCAGCCCCGCUCGCCAUGCAAGGCCCCUGCCGCUGCCUCCUCCUCCUCCUCCUCUUCCUCCUCCUCCUCUGCCUGCUGCCGCUGCCGCCGCCGGGUGCCUCAGGCCUGGCACCGCCGCCGCCGGAGGACCCUCGAGACCUGCCACCGCCGCCCGGCACCGCUGACCCCGCAGCCCGCCUGCUGCGCGGCCGCCCCUCGGCCCCGGUGCGGCCCUACAGCCUCUCGCUCUCCCCCGAGGACUACCGCUACGCGCCCAAGCCCCGCCAUCUACGGCCCGGGCGGCUUCGCCGGCUGCUGGGCUCGGCCUUCGACCCCUUCUGGAUGUCGGCCGAGGAGCCGGCAGGUCGCAACGGCACCGCCGCCACCACCGAGGACCUGGAGACCCAGAGCCAGGAGCUGGCGGAGGGUGCCGGGCGGUACCGCCGCAAGCUGUGGAGAGAGGCCGAGGGGCUGGAGCUGCCCACCCUGCUGCCCCCUGUGCCCGGGCUGCCCCCCGAGCUGCCCGCCGCCGUGGCGCGGCGCCUGCGGCAGUGGCUGGUGGAGCGGGCCGCUUGCCGCCUCACCUCCGCCUGGGUGGACCUGGGGCCCGUCUUCUGGCCCCGCUGGGUGCGCCAUACCGCCUGCCAGCCCGACCCCUCUGGCUGCUCCUGGCCCCCCGGCAUGGCCUGCCGUCCUGCCCAGCUCACCCACCUCAAGCUGCUGGCCUGGCACUGCUGGGCCCCACGGCCGCCUGGUCCCCAGCACUGCGCCUGGCGUCAGAUCCCCUACCCCGUGGUGGUGGCCUGCAAGUGCUCCUGCCGCUGAGGGGCUGGGGAGCGGGAGGAAUAAACUGCCAGAAGCCAAGCGGGCCGCCCUCUGGGUGUUUAUUUGGGGUAAAGGAUGGGGGUGGGUUAGUCCAUGGCACCCCCGUGGACGGGGGACUGAGGGUGGUGGGAGUGGGGCUGAGGUGCAGGGAAGACAUGGGGGGAUGUGGGUUGAACUUCAAGGUGGACACUGUGAUGUGGAGAAGGGCUGCAAGAGGGGCAGGUUUGGGACUGAGCUACAGCAGCACGGUGAGGUGUGGUUAUGAGGGUGGGUGGAAGUGAGGCAGGCAGGA